AGGACCCACGCGUCUCCGUGCGAACCGCCCGGGGCAUGUGGCCGGCUGCUCUCCCCCUAGAGGCCUUACCACUCUGCAAGAUGUGAACCCUGCACGCGGGAUUCCGGCUGAGGCAGUCCAUUGGGUGAGGAGCGGAGACCCCCACCCAGCCCCAAAUCCCCGACGCCCCCGGCCCAGGCUCCGGCCCCAGGGCGAGGUGGCGGCGCGCACUGCGCCCUCACCCAGUUGAGCGCGCCCGGAGCCGCCUCGGAGCGCCGGUCCCGGGGGCACAGUGAGUUGCUGGCAGGAGGCGCGCAGGGAGAAACAGGCUGUCAUGCCCUAUUGAUUCUCCUUCGCCCUCUGACCCUCUCCCCCCUCCCCCGAAAGUAUGUUUGGCCUGGACCAGUUUGAGCCUCCGAUCAGUAACAGAAACGCUGGCCAAGGCGAGAGAAACUUUGGCGAGCCCGGCCUGAGCAUGAACGGCCACUUCAAAGCCCCGGCUUUUCAUGCGGGGGGGCCGGCCGACCCGACCAUCGGCGCCCUGGGUGAGCCCCCUCUCCUGGGUAUGAACAUGGGCAUGGCCGGGGAGCCCUACGGCUUCCACGGGCGAGGCCACUCCGAGCUGCAUGCUGGGGGCCUGCAGCCACAGCCGGUGCACGGGUUCUUCGGCGGUCAGCAGCCGCACCACGGCCACCCCGGCGGCCACCACUCUCACCAGCACCACCCCCACUUCGGCGGCAACUUCGCAGGCCCGGAUCCCGGGGCCUCCUGCUUGCACGGAGGCCGGCUCUUGGGCUACGGCGGCGGUGGGGGUGGCCUAGGCAACCAGCCUGGCUUCGCUGAGGGUUACGAGCACAUGGCGGAGACCCAGGGGGGUGAAGGCUUCGGACAGCAGAGGCCCGGCAACAUCCCCGAGUUUCAACACCACAGCUCGGGACCCUCGGGCCACGCUGUCCCUGCCCCAUGCCUACCCCUGGAUCAGUCCCCCAACCGGGCGGCCUCCUUCCACGGCCUCCCAGCCUCCAGCAGCUCGGAUUCCCACAGCCUGGAGGCGCGCAGGAUGGCCAACCAAGGGGGCGUCGAGUCCCUGGAAUACAAUUACCCUGGCGAUGGGCCCUCUGGACACUUUGAUCUGCCAGUGUUUUCUCCCUCGGAGUCCGAGGGCCAGCUGCCUCACUAUGGGACAGGCAGACAGGUGCCCGGGGGCGCCUUCCCGGGAGCCUCGGCCCUGCCCAGGGCCCCGGGCAUGGUGGCCAUGUCCAAGAUCCAUCCCCAGCAGCAGCAGCAACAGCAGCAGCAGCAGCACGGCGGCGGAGUGUUCUUCGAGAGGUUUGGAGGGGCCCGGAAAAUGUCAGUGGGCAUGGAACCCGGGGUUAACACAGCCAGGCACCCCCUCAUGCAACAGGCCCCGCAGCCUCCCCAGCCGCAGCCCCCUCCUCCCCAGCCGCAGCCCCAGCCGCCGCCACCGCAGCAGCAGCAGCAGCAGCCGAGUUUGCUGGCCAGACAAAACUCUUGCCCCCCGGCUAUCCCCCGGCAGCCCCAGGCUGAGGCCAACCCGGCUAGCGGCAGCUUGCAGGACGGUGGGCCCAUCCUCCAGAACCAGCACGCCCAAUUCGAAUACCCCAUCCACAGACUGGAGAACAGGAGCAUGCACCCCUAUUCCGAUCCGGUCUUUUCCAUGCAGCAUCCGCCGCCUCCUUCUGCUCCUCAGCAGCAGCCGCAGGCGCCAAACCAGAGACUGCAACACUUCGAUGCCCCCUAUAUGAACGUGGCCAAGAGGGCGAGGUUCGACUUCCCCAGCACCCCGACCGUGGACCGCUGCGCUUCGUGGAAUGGCAGCCUACACAGCGGAGCGCUGGACAACCACCUGUCCCCUUCGGCCUACCCGGGCCUGCCGGGAGACUUUACACCCCCAGUGCCCGACAGCUUCCCCCCGGGCCCAGCCCUGCAGCACCCGGGCCCGGACCCCCAGGCCUUGCAGCAGCAGCAGCAGCAGCAACAGCAGCAGCAACAGCGCCAGAACGCGGCCCUCAUGAUGAAGCAGAUGGCGUCCCGCACCCAGCAGCAGCAGCAGCAGCAGCAGCAGCGGCUGCGUCAGCCGGGCCUGCAGCCACUCAGUCACCCCGGGGACGUAGGGCCAGGCAGUGGCCUGGUGCACGGGGGGCCGGUGGCCGGUCUGGCCCAGGCGAACUUUGAGCGGGAGGGCGGCGGUGGCGGCGGCAGCGGUGGCGGCGGGGGUGCUAGCAGCGGCGGGGGCGGGGGUGCUGGGCGCCUGGGGAACUUCGAUCCGCAGAACCCCCACUUGGCACAAGAGAGCGCCUGGUUCCCUGGGCCCCACCCGCCUCCUCCGCCACCUGGAGACCUCCUGCCUCGCAGGCUGGGUGGCUCCAACUUGCCCCCCGACGGUAGUCCCCACGAACUGGGCCUGGCACAGGGCGGCUCUGGGAUGCUCUUUCGGGGACCGGGGGUGGCUGGGCUAGGAUUGCAAGAAUCGCUGAGGAUGCCCGGGGAAGGCCACGUGCCUGCCCUCCACUCGCCCGGCUUGCACUCCCAGUUCGGGGGCAGUCUCGGUGGCCUUGGCCAGUUGCAGUCUCCCGGAGCCGGGGUGGGCCUGCCCAGCACACCUUCGGACCGCAGAGCACCACCGCCCGACUUCACGGCGCCCCCCCUGGGCGGCCAGCCGGGCUUCCCGUUCGGCGGGACCAGUCGGCAGGCCACCCCACUGAGUAACCCCGGCGUGAGCGCCUCCCCGGGCGGCGGCGGAGGGGGCGGCGGAGGAGGGGGCACCUACCCUCCGCAACCCGAUUUCCAGCCUAGCCAGCGGGCCUCGGCCAGCAAACUGGGCGCCCUGAGCCUGGGGUCCUUCAACAAACCCAACUCCAAGGAUAACCUUUUCGGCCAGAGCUGCCUGGCCGCCCUCUCCACCGCCUGCCAAAACAUGAUCGCCAGCCUCGGGGCGCCCAACCUCAACGUGACCUUCAACAAGAAGAACCAGCCCGAGAGCAAGAGGAAACUGAGCCAGACCGACUCCGACGGGGCGGUGGGCGGUGGCGGUGGGGGCAGCGGCAGCAGUGGCGGCGCGGGGAAUUCGGGCCCUGAUUACUUCCCCAGCGGAACUGCGCCGGGGGGGCCGGGGCCCGGCGGCCCGGGAGGGACCAGCGGCGGAGGCGGUAAAGCCCCGGGCCCCCCUAACCCGCCCGCCCCAGGGGACGGCACAAGCCUGUCCCCCAAUUACACCAUUGAGGCCACGUCGGGCAACGAUGGCAAACCGGUGCCCGGGGGAGGCGGGCGGGGCCGGGGUCGCAGAAAACGGGACAGUGGCCAUGUGAGUCCCGGGACCUUCUUCGACAAGUUCUCCGCUGCAGCCGCGGACAGCGGAGGUUCGGGCGUGAGCCCCGGGCAGCAGGCGGCGCCUGGCCCUCCCGGUGGAAGUUCAGGCGGGGAGCCCCGAGGGGCGCCCACACCCCACGACAAGGCCCUGACCUCUCCGUCGUGGGGCAAAGGGGCCGAGCUGCUCUUGGGCGACCAAGCCGACCUCAUGUCGUCCCUGGACAGCGGUAUCCAGAGCGGGGCCAAGUCGGCCGGCAGUUCCCCCCACGUCGGGGACUUUGCUGACGAGGUGAGCACGGGCUAUGCCAACGAGGACGAGGUAUCGUCCAGCUCCGACAACGCGGCCCCGGCCCUGGCCAAGGCCAGCCGCAGCCCCCUGGUUACUGGCUCCCCGAAGAUCCCCCGGGGCCCGGCCGGGGAGCACGGACAGAAAGCGGCCCCGGGCCUAGGCGGUCUCCUUACUACCUCUACCUCGACCCCAGACAGCUACGGCCUGAAUAGCAGCAGCGGAACGGCCCAUCCCGGCACGCCGGGUCUAGAGCAGGUUCGCACCCCGACGAGCAGCACGUCUCCGCAAGACGAGAUCCACCCGCUGGAGAUCCUCCAGGCGCAGAUUCAGCUGCAGCGGCAGCAGUUCAGCAUCUCGGAGGACCAGCCGCUGGGGCCCAAGGGCGGGGGCAGCGGCGGCGGGAGCAGCGGCGGCGGCGGCGGCGGCAAGAAGGCCGAAUGCGCCGGGGGCCAGAACGGAGACAGCGAGCUGGGCGCUUGCUGCCCCGAGGCGGUCAAGAGCGCCAUGAGCACCAUAGACCUGGACUCCCUGAUGGCUGAACACAGCUCCACCUGGUACAUGCCGGGCGACAAGGCUUUGCUGGACGGCCCCGAGGAUGACAAGACACUGGCGCCCUGGGAGAAGCCCAAGUCCCAGAACCCAGUCAGCAAAGAAGGUAGAGGCCACGAUCUCCCCCAGAACAAGACGUCGGCAGCGGCGCAGACCGGCAGCCAUCUGCAGUGCCUCUCCGUCCACUGCACGGAUGACGUGGGCGAGGCGAAGGGCAGGACCUCGGUGCCCACGUGGAGAUCCCUGCACUCGGACAUCUCCAACAGAUUCGGGACUUUUGUGGCUGCCCUCACUUGAAACGCAAAAGAAAGAUUGGUCCCUUCUGGUCAUCUCCCAUGUUCCCCUUCCCCUCCCUGUCCCCCAACCCCUGUACACCCGCCCCCUGCGCCACUUUUUAAUUUGAAAGGGCCGCUACUGCUGGGUGAACUAUUUUUUUUUUCUAGGUUGGUACCUGCUUAGUGGCAUAUGGACUGGAAAGGGUUAAUUUAAAGUAAACCUCAGAUUUUUUUUUUAAUCGUCUGCCACAGUAUGUUACCAGUGUUAACCCUUCUGCAGUUAGCACACUUUGGCUUAAUUUUUUUUUUCCUGCUAGAGAUUUCUUUUCCAUUAUUCUGUAAUCUUGGCAUACACCUUUAGAUGAAGGCUCCCCCAUUUCAUCUUUCUAUGUGUCUGAGUGGUGUAUGUCAUAAUAAGAAAAAAGACUGACUCUCUCCUUUCUCUUCUCCCUCCCUCCCUCUCUCUCUCCUUCUCGCUCCCUCUUUGUAUCCUUCCCUCCCUUUCUCUCUUUCUCUUCUCCCUUCCUCCAUCUCUCUCUCUCUCUCUUUCUCUCUCUCUCUCUCUCUCUCUCAUUUUUGUUUCCUUUCGCUUUGUUCAGUGCUUAUUAAAAUGGAAAUCCUGAGUACAGUGGUACUGGAAAAUGCUGGUGGAAACAGUUAUCACCAUAUUAUUAUCAACACUGGACUGUGGUCUGCUGCCCUGCGUCAGACAGAAACCAAACAGUUAAUGCUCUAGCCAUUGAGUCCAGUCUCUCAUGGGUUUUUCUUUUUGUCUAUUUUCCUCAGAAAACAUAAAUGUUUUUGCUAAUAAGAAUGCACUUGGUCCUUAGCUCUCCUUGUCCUCUCAUGGUGGAACUUCCUUUGGGAAGAGAACAGCCUACAUGAAUGGUGCCAUUGGGGGCUGUUUCCUCUCCUUUCCU